UCUUUGGACCACCAGCCCCUAGUUCUCACUUGUAAGAUCGAUCCCGCAGCUACCUGGCCUGGCAGGCCCGGGACUACAGAAUGGAGGCCGGGCUGCUGUGGUUCUGCAACUGGAGCACGCUGGGCGUGUGCGCCGCUCUCAAGCUGCCGCAGAUCUACGCGCAGCUGGCGGCACGCAGCGCGCGGGGCAUCAGCCUCCCUAGUUUACUUUUGGAGCUGGCGGGGUUCCUGGUCUUCCUUCGUUACCAGUGUUACUACGGGAACCCAUUGCUCACCUACCUGGAAUACCCCAUUCUCAUUGCACAAGACAUUGUCCUCCUGCUCUUCGUCUUUCAUUUCAAUGGGAACGUGAAGCAAGCCUUGCCCUACAUGGCUGUAUUUGUGUCUUCUUGGUUCGUCCUCAGCCUGCAGAAAUGGAUCAUCGACUUGGCCAUGAACUUAUGCACAGUCAUCAGUGCAGCCAGUAAAUUUGCCCAGCUGCAGUAUUUGUGGAAGGCACAGGACUCUGGAGCUGUGAGCGCACUAACCUGGGGCCUCUCUGUGUACACCUGUGCAACAAGAAUAAUAACAACUUUAAUGACCACCAAUGAUUUGCCAAUUCUUAUCCGUUUUGUGAUCAUGUUGGCUUUAAAUAUAUGGGUAACAGCAACAGUACUUCACUACCGGAAGCCUGUCACCAAGGCUGAAUGACAGCCUUUCUACACACAGCGACUUCAAAUGACUAAACCAGGGGAUGCACCAUUGCUUUGUGUUCCUACACUUAAAAUCUUUUACUAGUCAACGAUGUUCAGAAACCUUAAAUCAUGCUUGUAAAAAGCCACUUAGCUGGAUAUGGAAGUGCAAACCUACAAUCCCAGCACUUUGGAGUCUGAGGUAGCCUGGGCUACACAGCAGACUCAGAGAAGAAAGACAAGGAGGGAGAGGAGAGUCACUAUUUAAAAUGCCAACUUCCUUUCCCCCACUCUUUAGGCUGUGGGAGGGCUUAGACAUUGAGUUUUUGUGUGUGUUUUUCUGUCCCACUAAAGUCUCGCUACAUAGCCCAAGCUAUCAAUGGGCAUGCUGGACUAGAGCGCAAUGAUGAAAGCUACCCAAGGCCAUCUUGACUCUUAAAAGUCAUGAUUAAGCUCUCGCUGAAGAGCCAGCCACAUCUACACUGCGGCUUUCAGAACCUUGGAACAGUUUUCCCACCAGGAGUGAGGUGUGCCCAGUCAGAAGUGGAACUGUUUGUACCUGGGCAGUUUAACUCUUCCAUCAACAAGAGCUUGGCCUUGUAUGUCAUAAUGCGGCAUGCCAUCCCCUCAAGCCAAGCAAUGCUACUGCACUGUGCACAGAUGCAACUGCUUAGUGUAUUAACCUCACAGUGUGCCUCAACGGGUUCUUAAACAGAGCCCGAUCUGUUUAGAUGACGAAAUCCCAAUGGUCUUCCCGGAUUAAGCACAAUGCUGCCAUGUUUUAAGGGCUAUACUUCAGUUACCACUGCUGGAAUUUAAUAUAGGUUUUAACUACUAGAAGGUAUACAGUAAGGAAUAUUGCUAAGUCCUACGCAAUUCUUACUAUAUAUCUUACCAAUAUCUUACUAACGUAACAUAUCUUAAACAUUGUUGGUUACAGUACUUCCUCUGAUGUUUUAUAAACCCAACAUUUAAAAACUUACUUUCUUCUUCUAUGUGAAUGUCAUUAUCAUGGUAUAUUUCAAGUAAGUAAAUGAUGUUUACUGGAAAAUGUUUAGUUUCCUAUGUAAAAUAAACUUUCA